AGAAAAGCCUGCUGCCCUCAAAACCUGCAGCCAGCAGAAAGAGCUACGAAAUCAAUGUCUGAGGGUACAAGACUUCAAAAGCGGUACAUCUGAAACAUCAUCUCCAUUUAAAAGUGGAACAUGGCCAAUGUGGAGACACUGAAUGAAAUGGCCCAGCUGGAGCGGUCGAGAUUUGGCCGACCCCCACCAAGACACGGACUCAAACUGCUGCACUGGUUUGCCAAUGAUUGUGUAACUUUUGAUGGAAACAAUAAUAUGGUUUCACAGUGUGACCCAGAGGAUGAGGAAUAUGGUUUCCACUAUUUUGAGAACAGAUAUGACAGAAAUGGCAUAAAACUCCUGCCGGAUGUGAACUUCCCCUACUAUGUGGUGGGCAAUCUCAAUUCAGAAGGAUCACAUGAGCUGCCUGGUUAUGUCUCUGAAGAGUACACUGGCCUCAAAGAUGACAGUAACACAGACCGCAUAAUUGUCAGCCUCGACGAUGACUGGUUCGAUAAAGUUUACAUCACCACACACAUUGACGAGUCAAACUAUGACUCAGAUAACACCUAUCGCAUCACCAAGGGCCUACUCAAGAUUAUCAGUCGGCUGACCUUGGCUGAGUUUCUCUACAAGACAGGGUACCAACUGUCUGCCACCAUGGGCACUAACCCUGUUGCCGUGGAUUCAAAUGUUGUACCUGCAAACCACCCAAUCCCUCCAAGGACACAGGAUUAUCAGAUUGAGAUAGAAGACACACCUUCUGCACAGAGUAAUAAUUCUACACAAAGAAAGUCAAAGGGACUCUGGGACUUUUUUUCUUGUACAAUACUUUAACUUUUUCCUUUUGAUCCAGAAACUCAUAGCAUUUCUGAAAAUCUAAGAAGUAGUUUAGAGGGCUGGUCUCCAUUUCCAAGAAAUUUCUAUCUAGGUUAAUCAUGUAGUCCUGCUGAGUUAUUUAAAAAAACAAACAAAAAACAAUACCAGAUAGGUUGGUAAAUUAAGAUCAUUUAACAUUUUUCUUGUUAGGUUGGCUAAAGUAGGACACCUAUAAUGGGAAUUGCUUAGUGGAAAUAAUAAAAUACAUCUUCUGAUAACUCAUUGUCAAAAUACAGGCAGAGGCCACAUACACCACUGCCACUCCAUGUUUCAUGUGAACAGGCAAUCAACACAGGCCACACAACCGGAGCAUUGACUUAAAAGUGAUUUUUAAAUAAUUAUAUAAUUAU